UUGGCCCUCCUCUGAUCCCCCGUGACCCCCCCCCCCUUCCCCGCGAUAUCCGGGGACCUUCGACUGCGGUUCGGGAUCGGUAGAGACGGGGUCAGGGCCGCCCCCCUCUACGGCGUGAACCACACUGUGCAGCCAGUCGGGGGAUCAGAGGGGAUCACGGGGAGCCGUAUCACGACCCCCAGGUGACUCACAGGUAACGGCCUUGCCCCGCCCACCCAAGUGUGUAGCCCCGCCCCCUACGCAGCUCCGCCCCGUGGCCAUGCGGGGCCCGGACACCUCGGCGCUCCUGCGCGCAGUUCUGAUCACGUGCCUCCUACCAGGAUCGUUCCAGGGGGAGCACCAGCGCCGCCUCUACCGCGAGCUCCUGAGUCGCGCCUCGCCCCUGGAGCGCCCCGUGCAGAACGACUCCCAGGCACUACGGGUGGACUUCAUGCUCAGCCUCAUGCAAGUGAUGGACGUGGAUGAGAAGAACCAAGUGCUCACCACCAACGUGUGGCUGCAGAUGAACUGGGUGGAUUACUAUCUGCAGUGGAACGCCUCGCGCACUCCGGGCGUCACCAAACUCCGCUUCAAACCCGAGCAGGUGUGGACCCCGGACAUCCUGCUCUACAACAGUGCAGAUGAGAGGUUCGAUGCCACAUUUCACACGAGUGUCCUGGUCAACCACACGGGCGGAUGCCAAUACAUACCCCCAGGCAUCCUGAAGAGCUCCUGCAAGAUCGACGUGCGCUGGUUCCCCUUCGACGUGCAGAGCUGCGACCUCAAGUUCGGCUCGUGGACGCACGAUGGCUGGCUCAUCGACCUGCACCUGCUGCAUGCCGACACCUCAGGGUACCUGCCCAACGGGGAGUGGGACCUCAUUGGCGUGGUGGGCAAGCGGAACGAGCUCUUCUACGAGUGCUGCCAGGAGCCGUACACGGACGUGACGUACACGCUGCUGCUGCGGCGCCGCACCCUCUACUACGCGCUCAACCUGCUGCUGCCCUGCAUGCUGAUCUCCGCACUUGCACUGCUUGUCUUCCUGCUGCCCGCAGAGUCUGGAGAGAAGAUCUCCCUUGGCAUCACGGUGCUGCUGUCCCUCACCGUGUUUAUGCUGCUCGUGGCCGAGAUCAUGCCGGCCACAUCGGACUCUGUGCCACUCAUCGGACAAUACUUUGCCAGCACGCUGAUGAUCGUGGGCUUCUCGGUGGUGGUGACCGUGCUGGUGCUGCAGUGCCACCACCACGACCCUGAUGGCACCAAUAUGCCCACCUGGGUGCGGGUAUUGCUGGUGCACUGGUGUGCCUGGUUGUUGCGGAUGAAACAGCCGGUGAGAGAUGCGAGGUCAGGCGGUCCCCAUGGCAGCCCGGCGCCGUGGAAACCACCGUGCCUGAGCGAGCACCCGGGGACCGGGGCCGACAGGGGCCAGGGAGUCUCCGCGCAGUUCCAUGGCCGGAGCGUGGAGGAGCCGAUGCAUGAAUACUUCCACCUUCAGCAGGGAGCCUAUCUCCACCAGGGGGCCUACCUCCACCAGGGGUCCCAGCUGCACCAGGGGGCCCAGGCAUGCAAUCCCGUCGCACAGCAGCAGCAGCACCUCUUCCAGGAGGACAGCUGCUGCCCUGGCUGCCCCAACAUAGCAGGGGCAGCAGGAGGAGAAGGAGGAGGAGCAGCCCGGCAGGAGUCCCCCUUGCAGAGCUGCGAGCUGGCUGGGCUACUGGCGGAGGUGCACUACCUGGCGGAGCGAAUGCGGGCGGCGGACGCGGGCGCCCGGCUCGGGGGGGAGUGGCGCUUCGCGGCGGCGGUGAUCGACCGCCUGUGCCUCAUCGCAUUCUCCAUUGUCACCAUCUCCUCCACGGCCGCAAUCCUUGUGUCUGCGCCCAGCUUCAUGCAGGCCAUCACCAAGGACUUCGGGUGACGGGGGAGCGCGGAGGAGGAGGUGGGGGAGGUAGGAGGAGGAGGGGGGUGGAGGAGGAAGAAAAAGGAGGAGGUAGAGGAGGAGGGGUGGAGUACCCCCAGUAAUAAUCAUCGUCAUCAUAAUUAUCAGGAGCAGUGUCAUCGUCGCACUAGACGCUCAGGUCUGAUGGUGGCAAUGGGGGCCGAUUUGGUGCUAGGGUGGCCACCUGACCUGGCGUGAACCUGGGUGAGUGGUUGAAGGGUUGCGUGCCUGUGAGUGCGGUUGCGUGGCUGUGAGUGCGGUUGCGUAGCUGUGAGUGUGGUUGGGUGGAGGUGAGUUCUUGCAGCUGUGCUGACCUCUCCCGUGCUGUGGGGGAGGUGGUGACCCUAGCCGAGGGAGGGCGACGGCCUCCAACGAAAAUAUUCACAAUCAUCAUUGCCAUCAUCGCAAUCAUCGUCGCCAUCGCUAUGUCCACCUGUAUUCCCACCUCACUUGUACUGCUUGCUUGCGUGAAGGCAGGUGGUUUAAUUUUGGUGAGCCGGAAUAUAUAAAUAUAUGUGUGUAUGUGCCCGGCACACCACGUCCAGUAUACUGUCUGGCUACGGCUGUGGCUGCUGCGAGUCGUGGGCAACCUCCCGCUGAUUUCACCGAGAGCCAGAAAAUAUUGAGUGAAAAAUGUAUUCGCUCACCUGCACUCACCUGCACUCACCUGCAUGUACUCACACACUUGGACUAACAUGUAUGUACAGUGAGGGAAAAAAGUAUUUGAUCCCCUGCUGAUUUUGUACAUUUGCCCACUGACUAAGAAAUGAUCAGUCUAUCAUUUUAAUGGUAGGUUUAUUUGAACAGUGAGAGACAGAAU